AUUGAUUUUUUUCUAGACUCAAAACAAUCAAAUACUUUAAAUAAUCAAUCUAUCCAAAUGUUGUUAGUUAUAUUUGUAUAAGUUUAAUACUCUUUCACAAAACUGAAACGAUUUUUUAAGAUCAAACCAUAUACAAAAAAAGAGACGAUGUGCGACGGCGAUGGCGAUGGCGAUUAGCUCUAGAGUUACGAUGUGCGACUUCGACGAUGGAGGACGGGGAGAUGGUCUCUCGCGUCUUCUGGUGGGUGUUUGGCGUCAGAGAUGGAUCAUAUAUUUAUUUCUGGUGGGGAGAGGUUUUCUCUCCAAAAUGAGAAGUUUUAUUCAAUCAGAUCUUAUUCGGCGGUGUCCGAUUGAUCCGAUGGAUAGUGAAUUGGGGAUCAGGUUGAUUCAAGUCACGACCAUGGAGAUCUCGGCCAGAUAUUCUACACUGUGUCGGGAUCUGAUUGAGAUACUGAUUGAGCUGGCUGUUGAGGGUCUCAAGGCGAGGAUUUGUUGGUAUGGUGGCUAUGGAAACUGUUGGUGCUAUUCCCUUUGGUUUUUUGGUUUGGAGAUCCUCAGUGAUUUGGUUCUUAUGUUUGUUUUUGGAAUUGUAAGGAUUCGGUUCGUGAAUAUGGUAGUUUCGGUUGAUUUUUUUUUACUGAGUCGGGAUUUGUUUGGUGUAUUGAUUGCGACAGAGGUUGACGGUAUCAAGGUGAGGAUACGAUGGUGUGGUAGUUAUAGAAAUUGUCGUUAUUUAGCCUUCUGGUUAUCCGAUUCAAGGAUCCUCAAUGAUCUGAUUCUAGCGUUAGUUUUUCAAAUUGUGAUUUGUAGUAUCAGUGUGAUCAUCGUAUUCUAUUGGUAUCAUGGCUCAACUGGCACUCAACAAGGGCAAGGCUUCUUUGGUGCGUACAGAAACGGUGAAGGCUUCAAACACAGUUUUGGUUCAAUGGAUUCAGCAGUUCUCCUUGACUCUUAUUGGACGGCUGAUGAACCCUUCUGUUCAAAGGAUGGAGUCCUUAGUGGCCAAUCUCCCAAAGAUCUGGAAGUUAGAGGAUAAAGUGGUGGGAGCAGACUUGGGACAGAGUACUUUUCAAUUCAACUUUGAAGAUGAGAUGGAUCUCCAAGCGGUUUUGCAGAAUGAGCCUUAUCACUUUGAUGGUUGGAUGGUGUCUUUGGUCAAAUGGGAGCCGAUCAAUUUCUUCUACCUACCCUUCGGCUAUCAAUUUCUGAGUGAAGGUGCCUUGGGAUCCCUAUGCAUCUAUGGGAGGUGGCGACUCUACAAGCAAUAGACAAGAAGCUUGGUAUUCUCCGUGAGGUUGAUGAGGAAUCUGGUAGCAUCUGUGUCACGGUGAAUGGCUUUAAUCCUCUCUUAUUUCAGUUGGUUGUGCCCUUUGAUACUGGCGAUGAAGUAGUUAUGUCCCUUGAUUAUGAGAAACUGAUGGGUUUUUGUGAGCA